AUUCGGUACACUCUCGUAUAACGAGGGCUAUUUCACAGUCAAUCCACUAGAGAGCGAUACAGCAUUUUACUUCAUCUUUACGUGAUAUGUGAAGAAAGAACAAGAAGCACGGGGCAGCACAGCCAAACGACAAAAUGGCGGACUCUAUUAGUGGGACGGAACUAACCGUAAAGCUAAUGUAAACGUUCCACAUUACAGCCGCCUGGAGCAGGAGCGACGUUGUGCGGCAACUUUGCCCAUCCUGCGGGUGACACUCCUCCUGUGAAGGAUGAUGGCCCAACGCCCUGGACGGCGUCGGAUCCAUCUGGACCAGUCCGAGCUGCUUUGUACAAAAGGAUGUGGUUUUUAUGGCAACACAGCUUGGCAGGGCUUGUGCUCCAAGUGCUGGCGAGAGGAAAACCAGCGAGAAAAACAAAAACAAAUCCAGGACGACUGGGCUCUCGCUGAGAGGCUGCAGAGAGAGGAAGAGGAAGCCUAUGCAACCAGACAUCAGCGGGCGCAGUCACAGCCCACUGUCGCACCUUUCAGCAAGUUUGAGGAACGAAAGACCAAGGAAAAGUCAAGCAAGGUCAACACUGUCACCAAGUUUUUCACUCCCUCCAUCAAAACACCACCAAAGAAAGAUGCUGCCACCCCUUUGGACGCUCAGUCCAGCCCAAGCUCCAGCUCCACAGCAAGCCGGCCCUCCCCCGCAGACACCGACCACGCAACAAGGGAGUUCAUCGAUUUCCUCAAGCCUCUGAAAUAUGGCCGACAAAUUUUCAAACAGUGUCACGCUUUUACUGAGAGCAUGGCCUACAAGCGAGACACAUGUGCUGAUGACAUGUCUGAAUGCGUCCAGGACUUCUACCAGUCUCUCUCAGAACGCCUUCACACUCAGUUCAAAGGCUCCUCAGACUACGUAGAGGGCAUAAUGGACGAAGUGGAAAGGUACAUGAUGACACGUCUUUACAAGGAGGUUUUCUGUCCUGAAACGUCAGAUGAUGAGAAGAAAGACCUGGCCAUUCAGAAGAGGAUUAGGGCCUUGCAUUGGGUCACCAUCGAGAUGCUGGGUGUUCCCGUUGAUGAGGAGAUCCCCGAGGCUUCCGACAGCGUGGUUAAAGCCAUCACAGAUGUGAUCGAAAUUGAUUCCAAGCGGGUACCCAAAGACAAGCUGGCAUGCAUUACGCGCUGCAGCAAGCACAUCUUCAACGGCAUCCGCAUCAGCAAAAAGGAGGCGGCGUCGGCGGACGACUUCCUGCCCACGCUCAUCUACAUCGUGCUGAAGGCGAAUCCCCCACGGCUUCAGUCCAACAUCCAGUACAUCACUCGCUUCUGCAACCCCAGCAGGCUCAUGACCGGAGAGGAUGGCUACUACUUUACUAAUCUGUGUUGCGCCGUUGCAUUCAUAGAGAAGCUGGACGGCAAGUCGCUCAACAUGACCUCGGAGGAGUUUGACCGGUACAUGUCUGGGGGCCAGGCGUCGCCCAACCACCCACUGGCGGGCGGUGCCACGCUCAGCCAGGUCCACAAGCGUCUUGACCUGCUCACGGGCCUGGGUCAGCGACAGGAGCUCGUCAUGGAGCGAGCGCGCCAGCUGGAGAGCGACCUCAUCGACUGGACGGACGAAGUGGAGCAGAAGGUGCAGAGCGUCCUGGAAUCUUUCGAGACGCAGAACCCUCCAGUCGUUGCCGGCGCCGCCACGAGUGUGGCAAAAGGCGCGGCGGCGGCCUCCUCAGCCAUCGAUUCUGAUAACGUUGAGAACGAGCACCUGCCACCGCCACUAACGCCGCAAGUGUUUGCUGGUUGAUACUAGAGAAACCAUGCCACUCAUCCUUCCAUCCAGCCAGCCAUUCAAAUUAGAAGGUCUGAAACUCCUUCUGAUAUUUGACAGGAAUAACCAAUCAUGAUUGGGUCAUACUUAUUAUUAUUCCCUCUGUGGUCAAGACCGAGUAAAAUAAAAGGUGAGGAUAUGCCUUACAAAAAGUUAGGGAUUUUCAGCUUUUAGGUGAAAUUUCAGGAUGAACCUAAAAUGAACUAUAACCUCUAUAGGUGGACUUUAUCCGACCUUUUUAAGACUUUUGAAUGUCCAAAUGUUCAAUGUUUCAGUACUUUUUGCAUAACUUACUGUUCUUUAAUAAGAUACUGUUGAUAAAUGUUUAGGUGUCGUCAUGAUGUCAGAAUGCGAAUGGCGGGAUGAAGAGGCCUAUUUAAAUUACCAAUUCUAAUUGAACUAGGAAAUAUAUUGCUCUCCGUCACAGAAAGGCAUAGAAGUGGAUGUCUUUUAUCCUUUUUUAUUCAUUGGUCAAUUAAUGGGUCAAAUACUUGUUGUGAAUUUUGCCAUUCCUCUUCUGUUAGAGAGCAAGGUUUGAAAAAAAAAAUACUGGAACAGUGGACAGUUGGACAUGUGCAUUUAAAAGUUUAGACAAAGGCCAAAUUAAAUUGUAAAGGUUAAAGUGCAUUUUAGGUUAUCCUGAAAUUUCACCAAAACCCUAUUAUGCCUCUAACUUUUUGCGGGUAGUGUAUUUUACAAUAGGUCAAAACUGUCACUGUAGUUUUGGGAAUGCCAAAACGUGAACAGCAUGUAAAAUUGGGCUUGUGGCUGAAAUCUCCCAUGAUGCAUCCCGCAAUCGCUCUCUGCUGGCACAUACAGCCGACGUGCGUCAUUAUUCUAGUUGUUAGCGCAGUGGAACCUCAAACGUCGACCGUGUUUGCGUCCAUUACACUCAAGUCAACCUCCAAUUUGGUUGACUCUGAAAACAAUAUUUCCCAGAUUUUAAAUAUGAACGUAACACGUAACUAAACACUAGCUUUUGUUGUGAAAAAUGUCAUGAAGCUAACGCAGCAGUCAAUUCUUUCAAACUGGUGGAUUCCGAUGCACGACUCAGUCACAGGAGGUCUAAAUUAAAGUCCUUAGUUUGUAAAACAUCAGUACGUACCGGUUGAGGAAUGGAAAGGAAAGCAGGAUAAUCAAACCGCUAACACUUGUUAAAAAUCUAUUUCUACUUUUAUACUUCAUUGAACACUGUAAAUUACAUGCACUUAGAGGAUAAUACGGAAACAUUCCGUUAACACCCAAAAAAUUAAAAUGGGGCUACUUGUAAGAAAGAAGACCAAAAAAAAAUACUGAAGUAACAACCCUUCUGUACAGCCAUCCCAACUAUCAUGACACUGAAACACCACAUCACGUAUAAACAGUUCGAUGUCCAAAAUCUAUAUUUAACAUGAAAUUAUGUUUCACCACUGUGUGCUAAUGGUUAGCUCAUAUGCCACUGAGGAUCUGGGUUCAAAUCACAGCUCUGUGUUUCCAUUUUCUUCCCAUGCUCCCCAAAACAUGCAUGUUAGAUAAAUUGUACAGACGAGUAUGAAUGGUUGUUUGUUUAUAUGUGCCCUUGCGAUUGGGGUUGGGGGGGGGGGGUUUGGCCCCACCUGGGUUCGGUGUAGGUUUUUGACUUUUUGAGGUUCCACUGGGCUAGUUUUUAAAAGACAUUGUUUCUUUCAAUUCAAUUCUGAGAACGCAGUCAGUUGGGCAUAUGUGCGUUUGCGUGCACAUGCAUUGCAUGUUUUUUUUUUUUUUUUACAUUCAGGUCAAGCAAUCGUCAUAAGGCCUCCCCCACUGUUCAUGGACUGAGGUGCUUUUAUUUUCCUAUGAAGUGAUUGACGAGUGUCGCACUAGAGGAGAUGCUAGUGGUAACCCAGUGAUAUUUCCAUCUUAAUUGCAAUAGAACCCUUAUACAAAGGAUUCUCUUUCUCCUUGAACAACCACAUCGAAUAUCUAUAAUCUAUUAGUGCGGCAGAAUUUUUAUUUUAGUUUUAUUUUGAAGCACUUAUGAUUUUAAAGAUGGUAUUCUGAACAAUAGUCACUGCAUUUUUAGGUAUGCCGUGUAGUGGCACCAACCAUUUGGACGUGUGUGUAAUAUUCCGAUUUUAAUCAUUUUCUUAUUACUGCUUCGCAGCCAUAUAUGUUGUGGGUUUUUUUUUCUUCUGGUUUUGAGACCAGACUUUUAAACUGACUAGCUCGAGUACGUUUUUAAAGCACUCUAUAAGCUAUCGGUGGGGUUACUCACAUUGGCCUGAAUAGGGAAAAAAAAUAAAAAUUCCUUUACAAAGAUAAUUCGCUCUUUUCAUGGACACUCAUAUUAGUCACUAUUGUGAUUGGUAAUUUUCCGUCAAGUAUUACAUUUUUGUAAAGGAGUUUUUUAUUUAUUUAUUAUUUCUGUGGGGGGGGGGGGGGGGCGUGAGGGGCUGGAGAGUAGUAAGAGCUUUAAAACAUCCUUAUAGGUUUGUUAUUGUAUCAUAUAUGAGAUUUUAAAUCAAUACUGUCCUUUAUUUAAAUGUAACUUAUUGGGGCAGAGUUGUUUUCUUCGCAUCGGUGGGUCUGUUUGACGGUGACGAUGAUGACUUAAUAAAACCUGAAAAAAAGAA